AUGAACCGGCUCCUAAAGCGAGCUGCCGCAGCAGCACUGCUGCUGUCUGGUAGCGGAACAGCGCAGGAGACCACAGUCACCACAACAACCGUAUCCACAGCUACCACCGACAUCACCACUACAGUUGCUUCCACAGCGGCGUCGUCAUGCGCCACGGUUCUGACACCAACCUAUUCUCCUCCCGUGGUUGCCAAAGGAUGGAAGGCCCAGCUGAUUGCCACCAACCUCAGCAGCCCGCGGGGCAUCAAAUUUGAUUCCAGUGGCGGUCUCCUUGUGGUUGAGGCUCAGGCUGGUCUCAGGCGUCUUGUUUUUGAUGAUAAUGGCGGGACCUGUUUGUCGGUAAAGGAGAGCACGCCGGUUAUAGAUGAUAACGAGCUCAAUCACAGUCUGGAGCUCUCCGCAGACGGCAAGACCCUCUACGUCUCUUCGACCGAAAACGUAGACCAGUAUUCCUACGAUGCCGAAACAGGCACUGUGGGCAGCCUCACCCGCAUCAUCUCCAACAUGACCAACCCAAACUUUGGCCACUCGACGCGGACGCUGCUCCUCUCCCACCACGUACCUGACCUGCUUGUCGUAUCGCGCGGCAGCUCCGAGAACAUCGAUCUGCUGACAAACGACAUCACGAGCGGUAUCUCGCAAUUGCGGGCCUUUAACGUCUCCAACACCACCACGACCAUCCUUGACCGUCCCUAUAACUACCCCUCCGACGGCCUGCUGAUCGCUUGGGGACUGCGCAACUCGGUUGGCGUGGCCGAGCACCCAGAGCAGGGAACCAUCUGGUCGGUCGAGAACAGUGCCGAUGAGAUCCACCGCCUAGGCGAAGAUGUCCACGAGGACAACCCGGGCGAGGAGCUCAACUUCCACGGGGCCCUCAACGACGAUAACUCCAAGCUAUUGGGCGCCAACUACGGCUACCCGAACUGCUUCGCACUCUGGAACACGACGGCCUUCCCUUCGCCCGGCGACCUCGCCGUCGGCGCUCAAUUCUCCCUCGACAACAACGCCACGGCCAACGACACCGCCUGCGCCGCCAACACCGUUUCGCCGCGCAUCACCUUCCGCGCCCACAUGGCGCCGCUCGACAUCAAAUUCAACGGCACUUCUCGGGCGUUCGUAUCGUUCCACGGCAGCUGGAAUCGCGAUCACCCUGCGGGCUACAAGCUGUCCUACGUGGACUUUGACAACGAGGCGGGCGAGCCGGUUGCACAGAGCGAUAGUCUCGAGGCUGUGCGAGACGUGCUGACCGCGCCGGACGUGUCGGUGUGCGGUUCGGGGGGUAAGUGUUUGCGGCCCGCUGGGCUCGCGUUCGACGCGGAUCGGCAGCGGUUGUUCGUAACCAGCGAUGCGACGGGGGAGAUUUGGGUGGUGACCCGGGAUGGCGAGGAGGUAGAUGUUGGCAGCGGUGAGGGCAAUGCUAGUAGCACCAGUGGGAAUGGAGGGCCAUCGCCAAGCUCGUCGACUGCUGCAGCUGUGCCGGGCGUGGUGUACCGCGGUGUGGGAGGUAGUAGUUGGGCUGUGGUUGGUGUGACCGUUGGGAUGAUGGUCCUUGGUGGAGUUGGGUUCAUGAUUUGA